AUGUCCUUCUUCGUACCUCAGGUGUCGACGCGAGUCACUGCCCAGGCUCCUGCCCGGAAUCCCUACGGCCCUCCCUCGGCAGCCAUCGAACCAACCCCAGAGUACGUCCAGCAGCUGCGGUCUAUGACGCACCACAAAGACCUUCUUGUCAAAAGUGGUUUCAUCAUCGCUCAGCUGUCUCUGUCGGACGUGGAGGGCAAGAAGCGCUGCCGACGAUGUAAUGCACGUUGUAACAAGAGGGGAAACAAGUACAAGGGGGACGCCCAAGAUGGAAAGAAGGGGAAUAGAAAUCCUCGUCAGAACCAUGCAGCGUCCAGGCCCAAGCCCAGGGCCAUUCCCAUUGUUGACUUGGACGACAUCCAAGGAGACGCCAAGAAGGACGGGGACGACAGGGACGACGGCAAGGACGACAAGGACAAGAAGAAACCCAUUCUGAAAUGCCAAUAUCAUACUGGCCGCGUCUUCAACAUGCACUGGAAUUGCUGUCGAACCUUCGCCUCCACCCCCGGCUGCACCUUUGCCCCGGAGCAUCUCACGAGGGCAUACACCCAAAAAGAGCUCUUCGACCGUCACCAAUACCAUAGGACACCUCCGUCCACCCUCGUCGACCUCAACCCGGAUCCACUCAUCACCCUCUCUUUGACAGACGCUUACACGCCCUCCGGCCCUCGCCAGUCGCGCCGUGCUGUAGCCAUAGACUGCGAGAUGGGCGUCGCAUUUGAUGGAGAAUCCGAGCUCAUUCGGCUGACCCUUGUCGACUACUUCACCUCCGAGAUUCUACUGGACAGCCUUGUAGUGCCUGCGGUUGGCAUGUCGCACUUCAACACCCGCUACUCUGGCGUUUCCCGCCAGGCCAUGGACGAGGCCCGGCGGAAGGGCAAGUGUAUCACUGGAGGCGUGGCCGCGGCGCGGCAAGAGGUAUGGCGUUGGGUCGAUCCUGAGACGAUCGUCGUCGGACACGGCGUGAACAACGAUCUCACCUCGCUGCGCUGGAUUCAUCCCCUCGUCGUCGACUCGAUGCUGCUCGCUACGGCAGCCAAGGCCGAGAAGGAGAAGCGAAAGGAGGAGGAGGAAGAGGAGAGAAAAAAGGCCCUGGCUCUCGAGGAAGCUAAGAACAUCCAAGAAGCUGAGGUGCCUGACGAAGACUUGAUCUCUUUUGACUCAGAGAAUGAGAACUCGAAAGGCAAGCAGAAGGGGAGGGAGGACAAGGCGAAGAAGCAAAAGGGCAGCGGUCUUUCGCUCAAGAACCUCACCCAGGACCUUCUGGGUCGGCAAAUCCAGGUUGGCAAGAUGGGCCACGACAGCCUAGAGGAUGCCCUGGCGGCCCGAGACCUGGUGCACUGGUUCGUGACGCAGAAGUGCGAGGAACUGAAGGCCCGGAAUCAGAACCCAGCCAUAAUGGGCUUUUGGUAG